AUGGUUCCCCAUGUUCGUCAUCGUAAAUGGCGUCGUAAGAAAAUUGUGGAUCGAGGGCAGGUAUUGCCGCUGGUCAAUAUUGGGUUCACGAAUCUUCCUGAACCCUAUUCUCCCUAUCAUACUCCAUCCGAAACUCCCCACUCUUCCCCAUCGCUCUCUGGAUGUCAUUUUCUACUGAAUCAAUUGCCGAUUGAACAACGCACUCGAUGCAAACUCAAAUUCCUGGACUUAGAACCUUCACAUGGACAGCCAUUCGAAGAUGAAUACCCGGACUCCCUCAUGACGUGCUCUUGCCCUGAUGUACCCAAUCCGAACCCGCCAGCCAUAGAAGAACCCUAUCGAUGUGAACCCAUGGUCAAGGAAAGAAGAGGAAAAGUGGGCAUGUUGGCGACUUCAUUGAAACCGCCAAUUAUUUCCCACGAAUUUGCAUAA